CCAGGUAGGAGAUCCUGCCCACUUCACACUUCCCUCCAGGUGAGACACAAAUACCUGCGCGUUCCAGCGUCCCGUUCCACACAGCAGCCGAGCUUCCCGUCCCGCCGGGUCCGUUCCCCUGACUCUCACCCCGGUAUGACCCGGGCUCAUCACCCCUCUCACCCCUCUCACCCCCACAGCAGCCUGCAGCAAUAAUGGGGACUGCGUUCCUCCUCCUCCACCUCCACCACCUCCUCCUCCUCCUCUGCUGCCUGAGCACGGCACAAGGCAGCUGUGCGGCGGAAGGCGCGCGGACGUGUGGCGAGUGCGUGCAGCUGGGAGCGCAGUGCGCGUGGUGCUCUCUACGGAAUUUCACAGAUUCCUUCGUGGUGAGCAAGCGCUGUGGGACGAGCGAGGAACUUCUUCUUCGGGGAUGUCCGCAAGAGUUUAUGCAGUUCCCAGUGAACACCAUGGAGCUGCUGGCUGACAAGCCAUUAGGGAAAAGUGCACACCCCUCUGAUGUGUCCUACAUAACACCACAGAGGAUGGUGCUCAAACUUCGGCCGGGAACCCAAGUAACCUUUCAAGUAAAAGUACAACAACCAAAAGACCAUCCAGUAGAUAUGUAUUACCUCAUGGACCUCUCAGCUUCAAUGUUUGACGAUCUGCAGAGAAUCAAACACCUGGGGACGACUCUCUCCAAAGAAAUGGCUAGCCUCACAAGUAAUUUUCGACUGGGAUUUGGUUCGUUUGUGGAGAAGCCGGUUCUGCCGUAUAUUAAAAUUACCCCGGAGGAGCUGGAGAACCCCUGCAGGAGUGUUGAACAGGUUUGCCUGCCCACAUUCGGAUACAAACACGUCCUUCCGUUAACAAACAACACAGACCAAUUCAACACGAUCAUUUCUAAUCAGCACGUCUCAGCAAACAAUGACGUUCCCGAGUGUGGAUUUGAUGCCAUCAUGCAGGCAGCAGUGUGUGGGGAUAAGAUUGGGUGGCGGAACGAUUCCAUGCGUUUGUUGAUUUUUGUAAGUGACGCAGACUCGCAUUUUGGGAUGGACAGCAAAAUGGCCGGCAUCGUCUUCCCUAACGAUGGACAGUGCCACCUAGACAGCAAUAAUGAGUACUCCAUGGCCAGCUACUUGGAGUAUCCAACGCUCGGACAACUUAUAGACAAGCUGGUGGAAAACAACAUCCUCCUCAUCUUCGCAGUGACUAAAAAUCAGAGACAAAUCUACGAGAACUAUGCAAAAUUAAUUCCUGGUGCAACAGUGGGCGAGUUGGAAGAAGAUUCCCGGAAUGUUCUCGAAUUAAUCUUGACUGCAUAUAAGGAACUGAGGUCCGAGAUCGAGCUGGAGGUUCUGGGGGACACUGAAAAUCUCCAGCUGUCCUUCACAGCUCUCUGUCCAGAUGGUGCAGUCCAGUCGGGACUUAAACGCUGCACCGACGUCAAAGUCGGAGACAUAGUGGCCUUUAAUGUGACAGUGGAGCUGGACAGCUGUCUGGACGCCCCACAUCAUUUCUCCCUGCGGCCCGUGGGCUUCCAGGACACUCUGGAGGUAGAGCUGGAGUCACUGUGCGUGUGUGAUUGCCAGAGGAACCCCGAGCUAAACAGCAUACACUGCAGCGAAGGACAAGGGGCUUUGGAGUGUGGCUCCUGUACAUGUAACCCUGGGUUCAUAGGUCCCAGGUGUGAGUGCGCAGAGGACAAAGGUCAAGUCAGUGACUGCAGGGCCCAUGAUAGUGCAGAGGUGUGCAGCGGGCAGGGAGAGUGCUUUUGCGGCCAGUGUGCGUGCUACCCGUCCAGCUUUGGGCUCGUGUAUGGAAAAUACUGCGAGUGUGACGACUUCUCCUGCGUCAGAUUCAGAGGGAAGCUGUGUGCAGGUAACGGAGAGUGUGACUGUGGCGUGUGUGUAUGUCGUGAGGGUUGGACAGGCGAGUAUUGCAACUGCAGCACUAGCACACACACCUGUGAGUCAGCGGAUCGGUCGGUCUGCAACGGACGUGGAACGUGCGUAUGCGGGAAGUGCGAGUGUUCGUUUCCUGGAGCUUCAGGGGAUACGUGUGAGAAGUGCCCUACCUGUGGAGAUGUCUGUAGCUCAACCAGGUCUUGUGUGGAAUGUUAUCUGAAAACCAGUGACCCCUCAGAAGAGUGUGUCUAUAAGUGUAACGCUAUUCAUACCGCCGUCACCAACUCGACAGACUUUGACGAGAACCAUGCGGUGACGUGUGCUCUCCGUAGUGAGAGCGAGUGUCUGAUCGCCUUCACAUUAGUGGUCGGUGAAAAUGGAAGCACUGUGUACAAGCUCAGACUUGAUUGUCUCAAGCCUCAAAAUAUCGCUAUGAUCGCUCUGGGUGUUUGUCUGGCUGUACUCACUAUCGGCAUCAUACUUGCUGUGGUUUGGAAGCUUUUCAUAUACGUCCAUGACCAAAAAGAGGUCGCCAAGUUUGAGGCAGAGAGAGCGAAAGCAAAAUGGCAAUCAGACAUAAACCCUCUUUUCAGGAGCUCGACAUCAACAUUUAAGAAUGUAGCAUAUAAACAGACACUUAGACAGAAGGAUGAAACCCACUGACAAGACUAAAGGACAAACUGGUUUAAUCUACUGACUGUAAAGUAUUUUUCAUGGAAUGGUGUGUGUGUGUGUGUGUGUGUGUACUGUAUAUGACUGAUUUUUUUUUUUUUUUCAGUGGUAUAUUAUUUUCUCAAAGCCAGGCUGUGGGAAAUAUUUUAUAUUGUUAAUAUAUUUGAUUUUUAAAAAAAUCAAAGGCAGCAAAUGCAGAAUUGGUUUAAACUUUGAUACAAAGAAUUACCGAAGUUGAAAAUAACGUAUAUUUAACAGUUAUUCCACGAAAUCGAGUCGUACAUGAGCUGAUAGCGGCUAUAAGCCAUGUACGACGAGACUGAGCGGAAUAACUGUUUUAUUCUAUCCACAUUCACUGGAUUUUGAAAAAUGGAGCAUUUUUAUUUUUUGCAAAUUCGAUCAAUUAAAAACUUUAUUUAAAAAAAAAAAUGUCCGACAAAAUCAUUUCCGCUCCGAGUGUAAACAAACCAGCGAAAUGACAGGAGCAAUUUGUGAAAAAUGCCAUAAUAAUUCUUGAAAAAUAAUAAUGAAAAAAAAAACACGUUCUUACCUUCAAAUACUUUUAUUCGUGUGCUUGCCAAAGGCAAGCACACUAUUGUUCUUCUUAAGUUUACUUAUUCUGCCUUAUUCCGACACGUUUUUUGGAUCCACUACUCCUCCUAGGGCGUUCGAGAUAGAGACACUGUUCCAACUCUGCGACGUCUGGCCCGAAGUGGUGUAGUGUGCUUAUAUACAGCUUUUGGAUCAACGCGCCCAUUCUCUUGUUCUUGUCGUUUUUCUUUUGUUUUUUUCCCAUAGAGAAUGAAUAGGGCUCAUGAAUCGAAUCGUCCUACUCGGACACGCUCCAUCGCAGAUGCACCAAACCUCAUGUGAUACUUCAGGCCAACUCCCCCGACACAUACAUGCAAUCGGUUCUGACCCGCACUCGUAUUUUUCCUUUCUUUUUGCUCAUCCCUUUUUCCUCCAUAGGCUUGCAUUGAUUUUUGGCCCCAUUGAAAAUGAAUGGUGUUUCAGGAGAAAAACUUUCACUCUCCAUCAUUUUUAACCAAGUGACCAAACUUCAAGAAACUUCACUUGAUGCCUCAGGCCAAGUCCCCGCACAGAUCCAUCCCCUCAUCUGAGACCUGCACUCGUCUUUUCCUUGGUUUUCACGCACCUCUUUUUACCUCCAUAGGCUUCCAUUGAUUUUUGGCCCCAUUCAAAUGAAUGGAGUUUUGCUCAGUAACACUUCACCACACAUCCACCAAACUUCAUACGGCACCUCAGGCCAAAUCACCAUCACACACAUGAUAUCGGUUCUGACCCGCACUCGUCUUUGUCUUGCCUUUCAUCCGUCCAUUUUUUUCUCCAUUUUGCUGCUAAUCAGUGGAAGCUUGACUGAGUCAUUCCUCCCUUCCCCCAUAGGUGAUGAUGCAUUUGGCAAGGAUCUGCUCAUUUGAGACUUUGACAGCAAAUCAACUUCAACUCAAUGGCCACUUUAUUAGGAAUACUUGCAUGCACACACAAUAGCAAUUAGCAUAUAAGCAUUCACGUGUUACCAUGCUAGCUGUUAGCAUGUUACCCAUUACGAUAUCAUGCCUGCUGUUAGCUCGCGAGUUGUUAGCAUGUUCACCAUUAGCAUGUUAUCAUGAGAACUGUUAACAUGUUAGGAUUAGCAUGGUAGCAUGCAGAGUUCAUAUGUUUGCUGUUAGCGAGUUCGCCUGAGCAUGUUAGCAUGCUAACUGUUACCAUGUUAUCUGUUAGCAUGUCAUCCUCAGCGUGUUAGCAUGCUAAAAGUUAACAUACUAGCCAUUAGCAUGUUAGCCUGUUAGCUGUUAGCAUGAUAGCUGUCAGCAUAUUAGCCUUGAAGUGUUAGAAUUUUAACAAAUAGCAUGUUAACCAUUAGCAUGUUAGAAUGCUAGCUGUUAGCAUGUUAUCUAUUAGCAUGUUAGCAUUAACAUGUUAACAUGCUAGCUGUUAGUAUGCUGUUAGCAUGUUAGUAUGCUAGCUGUUAGCAUGUUGGCAUUAGCAUGUUGGCAUGAUAGCUUUUAGCAUGAUAGCUGUUCUGCUACAGCUCAGCAAGCACAUUUUGCAUUUUCUCUGCGUAAAUGCAGUCUAGUUCCAUAUUUUGUCCCCCCCCCCCCCCCGAGUUUUUAUUUCGUCCUUGGUUAAUUCAGCACCACACGCCACCAUUUUAUUUUUCUCUACUCACAGUAUAUGAGCUGAUAUCCUAGUAGUAGAGUAGCCAAUCAGAGCGCAUGAUUGCUCAUAUCCAGUGAAUGUGGCUAGAAUCAAUUAAUUUAGGGGAAAAAAAAAGAAAUGCUGUAAUUUACUGACGAUUAUUCAGUGGAAUCAUCAGAAAUUGCACAUUUUCUAGUUUUCUUUUUAAAAUGUGUUACUGGCAGCCGUGUUUAUUGCUUAAUAGCAAUACUUUUGAACAAUUAUUUAAUCGGUUCGUGAAUAUUUCAUAAUUUUAUGUGUGCGUUAUGAGCUGUCCUGUUUGGUCAGGCUUAGUUUUUGGAAAACUACAGAAUUAAAAGACAGACACAAGCAGGUGACAAGGUGAAAAAUAGAAACACUUUUUUUUUUUAAUGGUGUUUCGUCCUGCAGUCAAGUCAUAGCUCUCUGACUCAAACAGCUCUUUUUUUGUUGUUGUUUAAAAGUGUUGAAAUGUGGUGGACGUCAUUGCUACAGCACUCAUUGCAUCACUCAUUGCAUUUCCUGAUAAAACGAGAAGUCAACACUUGAAUAGCACUGGAAAAUAGUUUGCUGUAUAGUAUGCAGACUUGGACAUCCCCUUACAGUAACUUUUAAUUUACAUUUACCAUUUUGGUUCUAAGGUUCCGGUGUUGCAAUAACCGACAUUUCACACAUAUAAACAUCUUUGUAACUCAUCAUGUGUCACUUUAAUCCAUGCAUGCAGUCUCCUAGGGAAUCAUUUUAAUCCAGGGUGUUAAUACUUUUGUAGCCUUCCUGACUGAGAUUCAUUGUAUGCUAAUGCUAACUACUGUAAGUCAGAACACUGGACGUGUUGGUUUAGCAUUCAUCUACAACAGUUUCAAAUUGUUAUUAUAUUGUGUGUGUGUGUGUGUGUAUUAUGUUGUGAUUUAUAAAAUGUACAACUGACUACACUGAGGCUGAGCCUUACUGUUUUAAUGUCCUAAGUUAAAUGUUCAACGUUGAAUAAAGUUGGGUUUUUGCUGGCAAUAAA